AUGAAGGCAUUAGGUCCGGAUGUACCUGAGCUUAUCAUAUUGCCGGUAUAUGGUGCCCUUCCAUCUGAAAUGCAGACCCGUAUUUUCGAUCCAGCUCCACCAGGAAAGCGAAAGGUCGUGAUAGCAACAAACAUUGCGGAAACUUCCUUGACCAUUGAUGGCAUCUACUAUGUAAUCGAUCCUGGUUUCGUCAAGCAGAAGAUCUAUAAUCCAAAGAGUGGAAUGGAUUCUCUGGUCGUGACACCAAUCAGUCAAGCAGCUGCAAAGCAGCGAGCUGGACGUGCUGGGAGAACGGGACCCGGUAAAUGCUAUCGCCUAUAUACUGAGAGGGCGUACAGAGAUGAGAUGUUGCCUACCCCUGUACCCGAGAUUCAACGAACAAACUUGGCAUCAACGCUAUUGCAGUUGAAGGCUAUGGGUAUCAAUAACCUCAUUGAUUUCGAUUUCAUGGACGCCCCUCCUUUGGAUGCAAUGAUAACAGCUUUGCAUCAGUUGCAUACACUCUCCGCUUUGGAUGGUGAUGGACUUCUGACGAAGCUGGGUCGAAGAAUGGCUGAAUUCCCCUUAGAACCCAAUCUUGCGAAGUUGCUCAUCAUGUCAGUAGAACUGGGUUGCUCUGAUGAAGUGCUUACCAUUGUUUCUAUGUUGUCAGUGCAGAAUGUUUUCUACCGGCCUAAGGAGAAACAAGAGCAAGCAGAUCAGAAAAAGGCCAAGUUUCAUCAGCCAGAAGGAGACCAUAUGACGCUGCUUGCAGUUUACAAUUCAUGGAAGCAUCAUCACUUCAGUCAGCCUUGGUGUUUUGAGAACUACGUCCAAAUCAGGACGUUGAAGAGAGCGCAAGAUAUCCGAAAACAAUUGUUGGGUAUAAUGGAUCGUCACAAGCUGGACCUUGUGAGCUGCGGUCGGGAUGUCCAACGAAUUCAGAAAGCAAUCUGCUCCGGUUUCUUCAAAAACGCCGCUAAACGUGAUCCGCAGGAUGGAUAUCGUACUCUUGUGGAUGGCCAGAACGUA